AUGGCUUCCACAGAGAGCAGCAGCAAGGACAGCAUCCUAGCCGCAGCAGCUCUUCACGACCAAGACGCAAUCUGUCCAAUACAGCCUCCUACCUACUACGACGCUGCAGCGUCACCCAGCUGCCAUACCAAACACCGCCAGCCAGACUGUCCCGCCAUAGACUCGGCGCCUUCAGAUUGCCUUGUUCCAUGCUCACCCCCCGGCAAUGCGAGCCGAGCAGCAAGAUGCAGGCAUCAGCUCGGUCAAUUCUUCACCAUCCUCCUCCCGCUCGCACUCGUCGUCGGCGUCGUCACCGCCGACAUGUCGAACCUCGAGUUCGUCCAUCUGGUGCACAGUGAAGUGGACGUGCCCCUGGACCAGUGGACGCAGCCUUCCGACGACGUGCUCAAUGCCAACAAGCUGCAAUGGACGUUUCUUCAGUCCGCCUACCUCCUGCCUCUCAUGCUCUUUGCCGGUCCCUUGCUCAUCCUUCAGUUUGUGCUGCUCGUCGGCAGACUUCGAGCCGCCCGCGUCGUCGAUGGUCUCAACGUCGUGCUCGGAUUGACCGUGCUCGUGGUCGGCACAAUGACUCUGCUCACGGCGUUUGUCGGCACUUCGGUCGUAGGCGUCAUCUUUACCCGCAUGGCAGCGGGCAUCGUCGUCUGCAGCGCGCUCGGCCUCGUCACUCAGGCCGUCGAGCUGUUCCCAGCUUCCGACGACCAAAGUUAUGAUGGACAUGGCUGCAGUUCUUGCCGUCCUCGCCCUCCCGCUGCGGGCUUCUCGAUCGUGCUCUUCGGCAGCAUCUACGGCCUCGGCAGCGCCUUCGCUUCCUGCUCGGUGUUUGCUGGCUAUCAGCUGGCCACACUGCUUCAGCAGUACGGCGUGUCUUUCGACGGCACCGGCUCAGGUCCCUCUCAAGGCUUCCGCACCCUCUUCCUGCUCGAGGGUCUCUUCAUUGUGGCGCUGGCGCCGCUCAUCGUCCUGCUUCUGCAUCUCUCGCGGCGCUGGCGACCACAACAACACGUCUACAACUCGGUUGAGCUCACAUGGUCGAGACAGGAUGCCGCAGCACCGGGUCCGCAACUGAAUCAACAAGGCUACGAACUAGCCGACGUCUCGCUCAAACACGAUGGCGUUCCGACCGUCUCCGCAAAAACGCAGGACCACCGUCCAGACAUUGAAGUCGCCAGCGAUGAUCGCGUGCAAGACACUCACCGAGACAUGGCGUCGGAAGAAACGGACGACAAGAAAGAGAGCACGUGGCUGGCGAGCCUGCGUCGCUUUUCCACGCCGCUGGCGGGCGUCUCAAUCCUCACGCGCGGUUCGGGCGGGGGCUCGACGGCGGGCUUCAACAUGCAGUCGCUCACCAAGGUGCACACUGGCUUCGGCCUGUGGGUGUCAGCGGUGCUGCGGCGCAUCAUGGUGUUGGUGUACGGCGGCAUGGGCGUGCACGAGGCGGCGUUCGACCUCAUCAGUGCCGGCACCUCGUCGCGCGAGACGUUCAUCUGCGGCGUGCUCAUCGUGUCCAACACAGUCAUCAUCCAGCUCGCCGUGGUCUCGCUCAUCGAGCCGCUCAAGUCGCCGCGGCUUCUGCAGGGCACCGAAGUGGCGGACGACUACCUCGACCCGGCGCUCAAGCGCGUGCCUGCGCUGCCUGGCUUGCCCGCGCUCGUCGGCGGUGUCAGCGGCGGCAUCUCGGCAGUGGUGUGCAGCAUGCUCGCGACCAAACCGGCGGCAGAGUGUGCACGAGGGGGCAGGCGUGGGGUGUUGCAGAGGUGGAGGCGGAGGGUGUGGUGGGUGCCUGCGCUGUUGACGGCGUGUCUGGCCAUCACGAUUGUCGGCCUCGCGCUCGCUGUGGUGGCGAGCAUCCUCGUGCCCACAGGCGACGGCGGGGUGUGGAUGAUCUAUGCGGCGACGGUGGUGACGUGCGUAGGCAGCACGCCGCAGCUGCCGCUCGCGCUGCUGCAGAUCUACACGGUCCUGGACGCCGAGCGACAAGCUACACGUGCGACGAGCCCGACGGUGAGCAGGGUUCGGUGGGAGCGGCUGGGCGCGAUGAUCUCGACGCUCACCACCAUCGGCGGCUCGGAGCUGCUGACGGCGUGGGUGUUUCUCAUGCCCGACGCUGCGCAGAAGGCGUUUCUAUUUACCAGCGUUGCGCUCGCCGUGGGCGGAACCACAGGACCCACUGCUGGGUCCAGCAACGCGUCCACCUCUGCGCCCACAGGCUCUGCAUCCACCUCGACGCUGCCUACGAGCCUGGAAGAGGCCAACCAACGCUACACCUCCACGAAGCUGGCCCUCCGCACGGGUCUAGCCAACAAGCGACUGAUCGACCGAUCGCUCAUCGACCUCGAAUCCCAGAUCUACCUGUUCGAGGGCUCGUAUCUCCAAUCCACCUCUACCUCGGGCGGGAACAUCGUAAAAGGGUUCGAAUCGUACCUCAAGAACGCCUCCACCAGCACGGCUCGAGGCAACGCCGCUGCAGCAGAGAUCCCGCUUGAGGACCGGAUCUUUUCGCUCUCCUCGGCGACGUACGCAAAGAGCUUGGAGCUGAAGGCGAACGAGGCGUUUGAAGAGGAAGAACCGCCCAAGAAGAUCGAAGAACCCUCGACUGCUGUCAAGAAGAAGAAGGACAAGGAGAAGGAUGCCACUCCUGCGAAGGAGAAGAAGAAGAAGGAUAAGGACGACAGGGCCAAGGAGAAGGAGAGAAGUGCUACGCCCAGUUUGAAGGCCAAGGGCGAUGCGGCAGUGGUGACGCCUACAAAGCCGACGGGCGGAAAGGCACCUGCGACAGGACCCAAGCUGAAGCGCAAGAACGCCGACGCCGCAGCCACGCCCGCUGCAACACCAGGUGGAAAGACCGCCACCAAACGCAAGAAGGAAGACGACUAG